GCGACGUGCGAAGACGGUGGGGGGGGGGGCGGCGAUGACGGCGCCGGCGGCGACGGCGGCGACGGCGAUGCUGGCGGCGACGGCGGCGGCGGCGGUGGUGAUGGCGGCGGCGGCGACGGCGGCGGCGGCGACGGCGUUGGCGGCGACGGUGGCGGCGGCGACGGCGGCGGCGGCGGCGGUGGCGACGUCGACGGCGGCGGCGGCGACGAUGGUGGUGGCGGUGGCGGCGACGGCGGCGUCAGCGGCGGCGGGGGCGGCGGCGGCGAGGGCGGUGGCGGCGAAUGCGGCGGCGGCGAGGGUGGUGAUGGCGGCGGCGGUGAGGGCGGCGGCGGCGAGGGCGGCGGCGGCGAGGGCGGCGGCGGCGGGGGUGGUGGUGGUGGCGGCGGCGAGGGCGGCGGCGGUAAGGGCGGCGGCGGCGAGGGUGGUGAUGGCGGCGGCAGCGAGGGCGGCGGCGGUGAGGGCGGCGGCGGCGAGGGCGGCGGCGGCGGGGGUGGUGGUGGUGGCGGCGGCGAGGGCGGCGGCGGUGAGGGCGGCGGCGGCGAGGGUGGUGAUGGCGGCGGCAGCGAGGGCGGCGGCGGUGAGGGCGGCGGCGGCGAGGGUGGUGUUGGUGAUGGCGGCGGCGGUGAGGGCGGCGGCGGCGAGGGCGGCGGCGGCGAGGGCGGCGGCGGCGAGCGUGGCGGCGGCGAGGGUGGUGAUGGCGUUGGCAGCGAGGGCGGCGGCGGCGAGGGCGGCGGCGAGGGCGGUGGCGAGGGUGGUGGCGAGGGUGGUGGCGAGGGUGGUGGCGAGGGUGGUGUCGGCGAGGGCGGUGGCGAGGGCGGUGUCGGCGGCGAGGGCGGCGGCGAGGGCGACGGCGGCGAGGGCGAUGGCGGCGAGGGCGGCGGUGGCGAGGGCGGUGAUGGUGGCGGCGGCGAGGACGGCGGCGGCGAGGGCGUUAGCGGCGAGGGCGGCGGCGGCGGGG